AUGGAAUGGUGCAUAACUUAUUUGUUACCGUCAAUAGUAAUUAAAUUGGGUAGCCCGAAGAUAACGAUACGUCGAAUAACAAAUCAAAUGCUUAUAGCUUAUCUGAAAUUACAACCUGAUGCUUUAAAUAUUGUUCAGAAAGUAAUUGGAAAUUUCCUACUGAACAAUGAAAAUGAUAUGCAAAUAAAAGAUGAAGCAUUAAGAGAAAUUCCAAAUCUUAUGAUAAUCGAAUGUGCUAAUCAAAAUUGGAAAUUUUUAAUUAGUAGUUUAGUCGAGAUGUUACACAUAAUUUCAUCUGAAAGAUCUGAAAAAAUUAUUCGUCUACUUGCCCACUUUAAGGUGUACUUAGGUACAGAGAAAUUGAGGAAGAUUUUAUCAGAGUUAAGUACGAAGCAGUAUGAAAUAUGGAAGAAAUAUGAACAAAUAAUUUUUGAAACAAGUGAUACUAUGAAAGAAGGUGUGGUGAAUAAGGAGAAAAUGCCAUCUUCUGUUGAUGUGGAAUUACGGUAUCGAUUUGGUAUCAUACCAAUGUCAACCAGUAAUAUGCUCAAUAAUGAAACUGAUGCAACUUCAAGAAUUGCUGCUCUUGAACAGGUAAAUGCAAUUAUGAAUGGAAUAACACCGGAAGAUACGCGUAAAUUUGCAGCACAUUUGCAUUCCUAUUUUCUUACAUUGGGGAAUGUCUUGGAUGAUUUAAAUUUUAAGAUUGUCGCACUUUGCUUAGAUGUCAUUCGUCUGACGCUGGAAAAAGUUGGAGCACUUCUAGCACCGUAUAUACAGGUUUACUUUUAUACAGGCUUACCUUACUAUCACAUACGGUUUACUUUUACACAGGCUUACCUUGCUAUUACAUACGGUUUACCUUUACACAGGCUUACCUUGCUAUUACAUACGGUUUACCUUGACACAGGCUUACCUCGCUAUUACAUAAGGUUUACCUUGACACAGGCUUACCUCGCUAUUACAUAA